UGUAUUUCCUCAUUCACCAGCCCUUCCUUACACGGUGGCUUCUACUUGUAUAUUCGCAGCAGCACUACCCAAAAAAUCAUCGCGGUCGCCGUAUAUUCCCUACGCACCUGCCCUAUUGACCAUUCGGCAACACCCACUAUUCGUCCGCCUUGCUUCCUGUCUAAUCGAAACGGCGCAGCAAUUGUACGCACGCCACUCUUCUGUGCCUAUCUCUAAAAACUCUGUACCCCAGACUGCGCUCCUCGACGAGAGUAUUCGACGCAGCUGUCUAUAAAUCACCCAAGGCUUCCUUCCAUCCAGACUAGGCGAGGUGCAAGGGCUUUGCCUAUUUCUGCAGAUCUACUGCUUUCAACAGCAACUACACCGACUAUUGUACCUUACAUACACCCCCGCUACAACCCACUCCACCAUGUCACUCAAGUCAGACAAGCAAACUAUCGACUUCCGCUACAGCAGCAGCAGCAGCACUGCGGCUCCAGACUCGGUGGACCAUCAUGCCGAGACACAGCCCGAGACCGAAACAGUACUGAGCGUCACUGGCAUGACAUGCGCGUCGUGCGUCAACAGCAUUGAAGGACACAUUGGCAGCUUUGACGGCGCCGUCAGCAUCAGCGUCGAUCUGAUGACAGCACAGGCGACAGUGCGGCACUACACACACGCCUUGCCCGUUGCCGACCUCUGCACAGCCAUCGAGGACAUGGGUUAUGAUGCAGCCGUGCUGAGCACCAAGACACUGGCUCCUGUCAGCGAUGCCACGAAGGCUGACGCCAAGGCAAUCCUCGGCGAGAGCGCAGUCGAGUCGUGGUUCAAUGUCGAGGGCAUGACGUGCGGGUCGUGCGUAGCGACCAUCACAUCUCUGCUCAAUGACCUGCCGGGCGUGGAGGCUGCCGAUGUGCAGCUUCUCACAGCACAGGCAAUGGUCAAGCACAUUCCGCGUGAGAUUGGCGUGCGCGAGAUUGCCGAUGCCCUGACGGAUGCCGGGUAUCCAGCGACGCCGCUGGAUGGGGCAGACUCGAGCAGCGCAGCUGAUCCGUCGACAAUGGCCCUGCGGAACCUCGAGAAGCACCGGAGGCAGGCCAUGCUGCGCUUCCUGUGGUCGCUGGUGUUUGCCAUCCCCAUGCUCAUCAUCUCCAUGAUCAUUGACAUGGCGCUGCCGUCGUCGAACCCUGUGGCAAAGGCAUUCCACCGCAAGGUGUUCCAGAAGUACUCGGUCUCGGUCAUCUGCACCUUCUUCAUCGCCACAGCCACGCAGUUCACGCUCGGCCUGUUCUUCUACAAGCACGCAUACAAGUCGCUGGUGCGUGCCAAGACUGCCAACAUGGAUGUGCUGAUUGCGCUGGGCACCACCGCCGCCUACGCUGGCUCGAUCAUCAGCGUGGUCUUGCAGCAGGGUGCUGGCGAGCAGUUCUUUGAAACCGCUGUGUUCCUGAUGACGUUUGUGUUCCUCGGCCGCUGGCUCGAGGCAAUCGCCAAGGGCCGCACUGUCGGCGCUGUUGAGGCCCUGGUGAAGAUGCAGCCCGACGACGCCCUGCUGGUCAAGCCCGGAGCCAAGGACGGUGCCGACGACUUUGCCACGAUCAGCUCGCGCCAGAUCCAGCUCGGCGACCUGCUGCAAGUCAACAACGGCAUGCGCGUGCCGUGCGAUGGUGUGAUCGUCCGCGGCAACACCGAGAUCGACGAGUCGCUGCUGACUGGCGAGUCGCUGCCGGUGGCCAAGGGCGAGGGGUCGGCAGUGACCGGCGGCACGCUGAACCUGUCGCAGUCGGUGCGGAUGCGCGCAACAGCCAUCAACGAGUCGUCGACGCUGGCGCGGAUCGUCAAGCUGGUGCGGGACGCGCAGUCGAGCAAGCCGCAGAUCCAGGAGGUUGCCGACCGGGUGGCCAACCGGUUUGUGCCGCUGGUCGUCCUGGCGUCGGUGCUGGUGUUCUUUGUCUGGCUCAUCAUCGGUGCCACGGGGAAUAUCAAGGCCGACUGGUUGGCCAUGGGACAUAUGGACGAUGCACCGCCGAUGAAGUACCCGAUCUUUGCGCUCCUCAAUGCCAUCAGCGUGCUGGUCAUUGCGUGUCCGUGCGCGCUGGGACUGGCAGCGCCGACAGCGAUCAUGGUUGGCACGGGGCUGGCCGCUCGCAUGGGCAUUCUGGUCAAGGGCGGCGGUGCUACGAUGGAGGCUGCGAGCAAGAUCGACAUCGUCGCAUUCGACAAGACCGGCACCCUGACCAUUGGCAAGCCCGCAGUCUCGGACCACUUUAUCGAGCAGUCGCGCGCUGAGGUAAUUUCGGGCUGGCUCUAUGCACACAUUGUCGAGAUCGAGUCGCUGAGCAGCCAUCCGCUGGCCGCCGCCAUUUGUGCGUAUAUCCGCGAGCACACGCAGUCGGACUCGGUGCGUGCGCAGCUGCUUGAGCACCAGGAGCUGCCUGGCCGCGGCAUGCAGGCGACUGUCGAGCUCCCAGCAGAGAUUGCCCACGCGCUUGGCUGGACUGGAGUUACCACUGCCCAUCUGCUUGUUGGCAAGGAGGCGUGGGCCAAGGAGGAGGGCUGCCUGAUGGACGUCCCCAUGGGCACACGCGCGCAGUGGGCCUCCAGUGGCUACACAUCGGUUGCUGUUGCAUUGGUGCCAGUUGGCCGCAGCAUGCGCGGCAAGGUCGUCGCAGCCUUUGCGCUGUCCGACCAGGUGCGUCCGGAGUCGCGCGAGGUUGUGCGCCAGCUGAAGCGUCGCGGAAUCGAGGUCUGGAUGAUCUCCGGCGACCAGCAGGCGGCGGCCAAUGCCAUUGCAGCACAGCUAGGCAUCGACCAUGUCAUGGCCGGCGUUCUGCCCGAUCAGAAGUCUGAGACCAUCCGCACGCUGCAGCGCCGUGGCAAGGGACCACAGAAGCGCCCGUUUGCCAAGGUCGCCAUGGUCGGCGAUGGAAUCAACGACGCGCCGGCGCUGGCGCAGGCUGAUGUCGGAAUUGCUGUGGGGUCAGGCACGGCUGCUGCUAUGGAGACGGCGCCGGCGCUGCUGAUGCGGCCGACGCUGCUCUCGCUGCUGACACUGCUCGACCUGUCCCGCAUUGUGUUCCGCCGCGUCAAGCUCAACUUUGUGUGGGCGUCCAUGUACAAUAUCGUGUGCAUUCCGAUCGCAGCAGGCAUCCUGUACCCAGCCAUCAACCGCGGACUGCCACCAGUUAUCGCUGGUCUCCUGAUGAUUGCCAGCAGCCUGACGGUCAUGAUGAGCAGCCUGUCGCUGAAGCUCUUCCGCGAACCAAAGUACAACUGA